AUAACCUUUCAAACUCGGCUGCCGAUAGAAUGGCCAAGAUUAUUAUGUUGCUGUUUUCUUUCUUUACGUUGGCUCUGACUGGAUUGACUUCACCGCGUGUUGUAACAAGUAUUGAAGUUACUCCUUCAUGUCAGGUAUUGCAGACAAAACAGGAGUUGGGUAAUUUAACUGUUAGCCGAGUAUUUGUAUCAGAUCACAAUCUUUCAGUUUGUGCAAACAAUGAUACAACGUGCUGUACUCCAGAUAUGGAACUACGACUUCACACGCUCAGUCAAAGCAAUAUACGAAAUAUACAAAUAGCAAAAACUGACUUAAUCAGGAAAAUAUUUAGUAAAGGUGUGAUAAAAUUCAGAGACUAUUUUGAGGGUCGUAUUGACUCAUCAGAUCGAGCAUUGGACGAGAAAUUCACAAGACGUUAUAGAAAAGUAUACGCAAAUAAUUCUCAUGUAACCAAGUCAUUCUACAACAGAUUACGGAAACACUAUAGGAAUGGUGAAUCUAAAAUAUCUGACAUUGUGGAUGAUUUUUUUAAAGAAGUACUGAAAAGAAUGUAUUUGUUUACACAAGGUGGCACUUCAGAAAUUGAUGUAAACUGUAUUCCGUUGACCUACGACAGCAUACAGCCAUUUGGUGUGAUUCCAAGACGGAUAAUUCCUCGACUAGAAAGGUCUAUUACCGCAGCUAGAACAUUGAUUCAUAGUUUACAUCUUGGGAAACAAGUUGUUACAAAACUUAGUGACGAUAUAUGGUUUUCUAAUGAAUGUUGGAAGUCGAUUACAAAAAUGAGUCAAUGUUCACUUUGUGCUGGUUACAGCAAUCUUAGGCCGUGUGCUGGACAUUGCAUUGAUGUUUUUACCCAAUGUUUCUCUGCAUUAAAUGAGAUGGAACAUGUCUGGGAUGAAUAUCUAUCCGUUUUAGAUGAUCUUAGCUAUAAACUUACAACAGAAUAUGAUUUCGAUGCAGUCACAGGAGAGUUACCUUCUGAUAUAUCUCAAGGAAUAGGAAACUGUCAAGAUUCACUUGGAGAGAUUAUAUCUAAGAUUGACAAAUUCUGCAAUAAGGGCAAAAAGAAGCAGCAAACUAGAGCGGUAAUAAUAUCAAAUGAUGAUUUCUUCUUGGAGAGGAAUGGCAGAGUAGAAAGAAGCGAUUAUGAUUCCGGAAAGGAAUUAAGAUCAACAUUUAGUCCCUUUAGAUUGAUGAACACAUAUCGAAGACAUUUUAAUCAACUGAGAAAAUUUUGGGCAAGGCUUCCAACUGCCAUGUGUGAUGAAACAGUAGUUGCCACCAAUUCUACAGCCUAUUGUUGGAACGGUUUUAAGAUCGUGAACAAUACUGAAUCUGUUCAGCAACGCAAUGUAAACGGGACUGAUCAAAAUGGCCAAAAUGACAUCACAAUUACCUCCUUGAUAAGUCAGCUCAAGACAAUGAUAAAGAAAAUGAAGGCAGCUGUUGAAGGAACAACUGUAAUUCACUCAAUAAUUGAAGAAUAUAGUGGGAGUGGGCAAGGUAGCGGGAGCGGAUCUGGGGAUGAUGGUAAUUAUGUUGAUAUGGAUGGUGAGGAUAAGGGUAACGAAGAUUCAACUUCAAUAAAUGAUAUAUUAGAUGCAGAAAAUGAAACUCCAGAAGACAACAGUGUGGAUAAACCCAUGAUACGGGUAGCAUCUCCUGCUUUAGAAACGAGAGAAUCUGGAAUUGGAAGCGCAAGUUGUCUCCCUAUAUCUUUUCUGUUGUUAAUUACAUCACUUUUCAUUCAGCUCAUAUAGAAUUACAGCUAGAAAUACAGCUAGAACUCUUUGCAGGAUAUUCAUUUCACGUUUCGAUUAAUAUACUGUCUUUUUGGGAGCUUUCAUUAUUUGUUUGGCUCACCCCUACAACUAGUCCUGCAUCACACUUGGCAAUUUCUGGUUUGAGGUGUCGAAGAAGGAGCUUACCUGAUGGAGAAAGGCUGGUAAGCAAUGCGACGUAGGAAUUAAAUUUUGUAAAUUUAUUAUGUCGGGAGGCCAGGAAAGAAAGUUAUCGGGACCGCCUACUCUGCGGUUCCUAUUGCUGUAAGAUGAUCUCUUGAGUACGAAUGUCGUGUGUUGUUAAAUCAAUGUUAAUGUGAACAUUUCUUUUGAAUUUAAAAAAUCUUCCUCAUGCCCACAGUGGUACGUAAAAACAAGACAUGUAUUAUGCACCAUUGCCAAUGACGAUCAAUGACAACAUUGUUCCCAGGGUAUUCCUCGUUUGAGCUUUAUUAUUUUAAAAUGCACUUAAGUAGAUAGGGGCGUAACUAUGGAACGAUAAUUUGGACGGGUUUGUUUUGUAAGCUAUUGCACUUACAAAAGAAAUCCGUCGGGCAGAACUGGAUAUAUGAAUAUUGACCCCCCCCCAAUUAUCGUUCGAGUUACGUCACUGGAAGUAGAGUAUAUUGGUAUUAGGGAUUUUAGAACACAUGGUCAUAAUGGUGGAAAGAAUACUUUUUACUAAAUAUCUUUACUAAAAUAAAAAUUGUAUAUAUUAUGUAAUCAUAAUAAAUGUAUCACGAUUUUAAUAUUAUUUU